CCUGCUCCUGGCCCACAAACUGUCUUCCAAAACCUUCUCUGCGUCGAGGCUCUCGAGUCCUUCGACGAAAUGCACAGCGGCGAGAAGGGGCUUUUCGAGUUUGGGAGCAGCGGCAGCGUUUUUGGAGCGAGCGGCGGCUACGUCGAAGACUGGGCGAAAAGGCACAUGGGAAUCCCGCGAUCCUUUGCCUUUUACGUCGCCGAUCGCAGCGACCGAUAUUUGUCCCCGCCGAAGAUCGAAGACUUUGGGAAAGGGACGUUGAAGCUCAUCCAAGUUCUCGCGACCUCGAGACGAGUCGAGCCCUACGCCGAGAGCAUCGACGAAAUUAUGACGAAUCGUACGAUCGUUCGGGGUCCAUCGAAGCCUCGGGAAACUCGACCCGUUCCUUGGGGCAGGGAAACGAUCGACGAAAGUCUACGCAGCAAAAUACAGAGGGGAGCCGAGCUCGAAAUACCCAUCGAAUUUAUGCAGAGCUCGAGGAAAAGCGGAUUCGACUAUUUCCGUUCUGGCGACACGGAAUGAUCGGAAUUACACUUUUUUUGUCACUUUCAGAAUUUUCGUUUCGGCGGAGUUGAGAAAAAAAAUGUUUUUGGUAAAGAAAAUCGAUUUUUUAUUUCGGCUCAAAAAAUUUGAGUGCUUUUUGAAACAGAGUAACAAACGAACCCGCACAAAUUCAUUGUUGUUGAGCAAUUAAAAAAAGUCUGCAACUUCGUGCCGUUGGAUCAAGACUUCCAAAAGUGACAAAACUUUUUCGGUUUUUUAAGCUUUUUUGUGAAUUACGAAAUAUGUCCGAAAAUACUGGCGCUCGUGAAUUAUAUUUAUUUUUCCUCUUGUUCUGUCUCCGGCUGAGUCUCGUCCUCGGCUCCACGUGUCCAGACCUCGGCGAAUCGCUGCUCGCCGAUAACUCCGAAUUCGCAUCCUUCAAUUCCCAAAUUUACAGUGCCAAGAUCCCUAAACUUGGUUCUACAGGAACGAGCGUUGAUUCCGAAAGUUCGUCUUUCGACGGAGAGUU